AAAAGUGAUAAUUUUUUGAGAUAAAUAAAACUAUAUAAAUAAGACAUUAGAGGAAGUAAUAAUCUAUUGGGUGGUAUCAUGUUGAAUGCAAAUUGUAUCUCAUUACAUGUAGUUUAGCGGACUUUGGAUUCUUUUGAGUGAGGAAGGAGGAGACCAUUUAGGCGUAGUUAUUUGGUCCUGUAAGAGGGAAGGGUCUCCUUUUCGCCAUGAUUAAUUUAUGAUGGAGGAAACUUCUCUCAGCUAAUCAAUGAACAAGACUCAUAGAAAAAUGGAUGAUUGAUUUGAAAUAGAAGGCCUGCCUGCUGACUUCUGUUUUUCUAUCUCUCUCUAUAUAUUAAUAUCUUCCUCAGUGCCCCAAACCAAUUUUGAGUCUUCUUUGGGAACAAAGCUAGCUAGACAGCAGCCUACUUCACAACCAUAACCUUUCACCAUUAAUAAUUUUGAAAGAAGCUCUUGUUUUCAAUACCCAAAGAGACAGAGAGAGUAAAAGAUGGGAAGGGCUCCUUGCUGUGACAAGGCUAAUGUGAAGAAAGGGUCCUGGUCACCUGAAGAAGAUGCAAAGCUGAAAGAGUACAUAGAGAAACAUGGAAGUGGAGCGAACUGGAUUGCUCUCCCACAAAAAGCUGGUCUUAGGAGAUGUGGGAAAAGUUGCAGAUUAAGAUGGCUUAAUUAUCUCAGGCCGAAUAUUAAACAUGGAGACUUCUCUGAUGAUGAAGAUAGGAUAAUCUGCACCCUCUUUGCAAGCAUUGGUAGCAGGUGGUCAAUUAUAGCGGCUCAGUUGCCAGGCAGGACUGAUAAUGAUAUCAAGAACUACUGGAACACAAAGCUGAAGAAGAAACUUUUUGGCAUGGUUCCCCAAUCUCAAAGAAAACCUCAUAACCUUCACCAUGCUAGCUCCUCAUCUCUUUUUCAAUCAUCUUCACCUUCAUCCCUAUCACCAUCACCUCUGUUUUCAUCACCAUCAUCGAGAUUAUUCUACAAUUGCAGCAACAACACCUAUCACACACCAACUAGAUCUUUUUCAGGCUUUGAAGUAUCAUAUUCCUCAAGUUUUUCAAACAGCAGUGCUUCUUGUAUAACAGCUGCACCAGUCCUUCAACCACUACAGGAGAGUUUAUUGGGUCCUAUGCAGCAUUAUCAGCUGCAGGAUGGUCUCCAAAUGUUUGGAGGUGAAGCCACUUGUAGUUCUUCUGAUGGGAGUUCCGGCAACCAAAUGAGUCAGAGCAAAGAAUUAGAGUAUGAAUUUGCUGAUGGCCGAGGUAGCAAUGGUGCAAAUAAUGUUGAUCAACAAAUUGGCAUGCACAGUUAUUUCUACAAUGAUCGUGAUGAAAACCAGGAGCUCAUGGCAUCAAAUGGGGAUGGUGUUAAUGGAUGGUCAGAGAAGGCAUCAAGUGGAUUAUGGGGUGAAACACCGUUAAAUUAUGGGCUAGAGGAAAUUAAGCAGCUAAUUAGUACUAGCAGUUGUAACAGCUUUAUUUUUUAUGAAAACAAGGCAGAGGAAAAAGUUAUGUACUAUUGAUCUGACUAUGACUGUCUGUAAAAUCUGAUGGAUUUGAACAGUGAGGGGUGGGAAUGGGCUCAAGAUUUUCAGAUUUAGACCGACUUAUGAGCUGAGUGGUGGAUUUCUGAUGGAAACAGUUUUUUUGACAGUACAUGGCAAAAAAGUUUUCUUUGUGCACUUCUUUUUGGGAAAUGAUGUAAUUUGCAAGUAGCCAUGGUUUAACUGAAAUAUUCAGAAAUAAUUCAUUAAAUGCCGUGGAAACUAGAGAAGCUAUCAUCUUU